AUGGCGUUUCCAGGAGUUCGGAGGGGCUUGGGGGAGUUGAUUGGUCUUCGGAAAUCGGAUGCGUGGUACAGUACCGAAGACCCACGCUUCGGUCUCACAUGCAGGAUCACUGCAUCAACCCGAAAGCUAGCGAGCUGUACUUCGCCCUGGCAGUAUGCAGAUAUCAUUCAAUUCAUUGCCUCAACUACCAUUACAACAAUCAUGCUGGAAUCAUUGAUCGAACAAUGGCAAAUAAUGCGCCAAGCUUUCGCCCCCAUGAGGUUGUCUCGAUGGCAGCUAGUCAAGUUAUUGGCUGCUCAAAUACAUCGCGAUAACCCAGUUGCAGCUAAAAUAGCUGCCCUACUAUUUGUUGCCGGGUUGUUCUGGGCAGUAUCAGUCUUGACCCGACCUAAACGACUGGACAAGAAGCUUGGCCUUCCUCUAAUCGGAGGAUCGAGGACUCUGAAAAAGGAUUUUGCAACUGUGAUCGAACGCGGAAGACAAAUGUACCCAGAUCAGCCAUUCAUUGUCAAUUCAUCGGGCAAACCAUUCGUUGUAUACCCUCCCAGCAACUUUGACGAGAUCAAGCGUCUCAGCGAGGAAGAGGCCAGCGCGCAGGAUUUCUUUUAUGAUGCUACACACGGGUAUUGGACAAGUGUGGGCACCGAAACACCAGCGCUGUGGAAGACGAUUGGAAUCGACUUGGCUCGCGCAGGGGCACCGGUCGUGAGCACGAAACAAAAGGAUGCGCGGACGGCUUUUGACCGAUACGUUGGCUAUUGUCCGGAUGAAAAAUCCUUCAAUGUCUUCGAUGUGAUGAUGAAGGUCGUUGCGUUGACCAAUGGAGCCUCUUUCGUAGGCCGCGAGGUUGCUGGUGGACGCUGGCACGAGCUAGUCGCCCAGUUGCCCAUGACUGUGUAUUUCGCCGUCAUUUUUCUGACCUGGACUCCUCGUCUGUUCCGACCAUUCUUGGAACCACUCUUCUUCCUGCCCCACUUUAAAGUACAACGCGACAUGCGUCGUAUCCUGGAGCCAAUCAUAAAGCAAGACCUGGAUGAAUGGAGCAAGACUGACGACAAGAAGGAGCAGCUCAAGGUAAAAGAGGGACAAAGACUUCCGUACCACAAGUGGCUCAUCUCGCGCUAUGGUCCUGGAGAAGCCACUCCACGCCAGCUGGCCACCGAUCAAAUCGUCACCGCGUUUGAAUCCACGAUAAGUACCGCUCUUACUAUUUAUUAUAUCUUAUUUCAGCUCGCCUCGCGGCCUGAACUCCAGGACGAAUUGCGCCAGGAGAUUGCAGACAAUACAACCGACGGUCAACUGCCCUCCACAAGCCUCACUGAGCUGCGCAAAAUGGACAGCGUCAUGCGGGAGUCCUUCCGUGUCAAUCCAUUUGCACUAUUCUCACUCUACCGCAUCACUCGCAAGCCCCUGCAGCUCUCUACAGGUCCCAAGCUGCCCGCGGGCACCAUCUUCUGCGUCGAUGUGCACCACAUAAACAACUCGUCUGCACUCUUUCCCGCGCCCACGCGCUACGACCCGCACCGCUUCUUGAACAAGCGCGAACAGCCUGGUGCUGAGCAUCGCCACCAGUUCGUUUCGACAGGGCCCAUGGAUCCGAACUUUGGCGACGGAACACAGGCGUGUCCUGGACGUUUCUGGGCGAACAAUACUAUCAAAGUGUGCUUGGUGCAUGUGUUGACGAGGUAUCGGCUGAAGUUGAAGGAAGGGCAUACUAGGCCACAGCCUGUGUGCAUGCCGAACGGGAGUUGGGUGCCUGAUCUCAAAGCAGAAGUAAUAUUCCAGAGCUUAGAUUAG